AUGGCACAUCCCUCACAGCUAGGCUUUCAAGAUGCAGCUUCACCUGUUAUAGAAGAACUCCUUCAUUUCCACGACCACGCCUUAAUAAUUGUGUUCCUAAUUAGCACGCUAGUACUUUACAUCAUUGUGGCCAUGGUCUCCACCAAACUCACCAAUAAAUACAUCCUGGACUCCCAAGAAAUUGAAAUCAUCUGAACUGUUCUUCCAGCAGUUAUUCUUAUCCUAAUUGCCCUCCCCUCUCUACGCAUUCUUUACCUUAUAGAUGAAGUUAACGACCCCCAUCUCACAAUUAAAGCCAUAGGACAUCAAUGGUACUGAAGCUACGAGUAUACAGACUACGAAGACCUCGGAUUUGACUCCUACAUAAUCCCAACACAAGAUCUAACUCCCGGACAAUUUCGACUCCUAGAAGCCGACCACCGAAUAGUAAUCCCAGUGGAAUCCCCAAUCCGAGUCCUAGUAUCUGCUGAAGACGUUCUCCACUCCUGAGCAGUCCCAGCACUAGGCGUAAAAAUAGACGCAGUCCCCGGCCGCCUGAAUCAAACAGCCUUCAUCGCAUCCCGACCAGGGGUCUUUUACGGACAAUGCUCUGAAAUUUGUGGGGCUAACCAUAGUUUUAUACCCAUCGUAGUAGAAGCAGUACCCCUAGAACACUUUGAAAAUUGAUCAUCUCUAAUACUUGAAGACGCCU